UGUAUUAUACUAUGAUGAGUUUGAGAAGUUAUGCCUUCUCUGGAUCUUUUUCUUGUUGAUUCCUGACUUUUUUCUUCUAGUUUUGUUAGCAUGUAACGUUUUCAUGUAAAUUAUGAGGUUUGGGAAUGAAAUUACAUGGUUCGUUAAGUGAAGUGUUAGUGGUUUCUUGUUGGUUGUCCUCAUCUUUUGAAUGUUGCGGGUUAUUUUGUGAGUUGUCAUAUGUAUUCCUAAUGGUGAUGAAUUUGGGAAGGCAUUCUUGAGCUUUUCUUUGUUGUGAUUUUUUGAGAUCUAGUUUUGGUUUGUUAACUUGUGGCUUUAUUCUAUAACAAGGAUGAGUUUUGAUGAGAAUGAAAUCAAACUGUUACAUUAGUGAAGUGUCCAGUUGUUUGCAGUCUAUGAAUUUUUGCUUUCGUUGUCUUUUUUAUUCUUGCUGGAUCUAGUUUUUGUUUGUUUAUUAUUUUGUUAUAAUUUUCGGUAAAAUUAUGAAUUUUGACAUAGAUUAAAGCAAACAGUUCUGUUAGUGGAGUGUUCACGGAUUUGCAGUUGUAUUUCCUGAUCUUUUGAAUGACAUGAAUUUUAUCUUGGGGUAGUCAUAUCACUCUGUUGAUGAAUUUGAGGUUGUCAUAUUACAUUACUGAUGGAGAAUUUAAGAAGGCAUUCUCACCAUUUGGUGACAUCAAGGAAGUUAGGCUUAUUAGGGAUGAUACAACAAAGAGGCCUAAGGGAUAUGGUUUCAUUGCAUAUGCUUCUCAAGCUGAAGCAAUGAGAGCAGUGGAGGCCAUGGAUGGACGGAUAUUUGGUGGAAGACUGAUUUUUGUGGAGCUCGCCAAGCCUAACCAACCAUCGUCCAAGUCAUAAUUCGUCCUUGGAUUAUCCUUUCGUUUCUUAAAACACUGCUCGAUAUAAAUUUAUCCAAGCAGUUUUCCAGGUUUAAAGGUGUCGAUGGUGUUUUCUAGACAAUUUCUGGCUGGUCCUUUGUUUGUUGUUCUUGAUAGAACUUCAUCUAUAAACAAACAACCAAGUUGCUUACAAACUAAA